AUGCAAACGCAAGUCAAGACUCAAAACCUUUAUGUUCGAAAAUGCACCUUUCGAGCUCGAGGUCUUGUAAUAACAGCUCAAGAGUUGGAAAAUGUGAAAGAAGAAGCGGAAGAGGUUGAAAACAACAUUCGAGCAAAGUUUGCACGAUUUGGACACUUGCAAAGUCUUGCAAUUGUUCGACAAGAGAAUGAUGAAGAGAAUGGUGUUUUAUGUGGUGAUGUCAUUGUCACAUUUUGUGAUGAGAAAGAUGCGGCAUCAGCUUUCAGUUGGUGCAAUGGGGUUUUCGUUGGUGAAAAGAUGGUCACGUGUGUGUGGGAAGAACUGCAGAGUGACAAUGAGAAUGAGGAGAAAGCAAGUGUGACAGUAUGCGGUAUGUUGACAUUGGAAGAGUUACAAGACCCUGACGAGUUUGCUGCCGUAGAAGAAGAAAUGAUGCAAGUUUUUAGCAACCAUGGAAAAGUGAAAGAGAUGCACAUUGGUGAGACUACAGGAGACAUUACACUGACUAUUAUUGAUGAACAAGUUGCUCCUAUAGUGGUGCAGCGGAUGGAUGGUUCACGGUAUGGUGGCCGUCUAUUGACAGCAAAUCUUACGCUUCAAAAUGGUGCGGGUGUGGAAACAAACGUCAAAGGUGUGAACGACCUACCGAUAGUGAAGACGAAACGUGUUGUAGCUCCUGUCGUUCCGUCACGUGAGGUGCAAGAUCUUGUUAGUGCCCUAUUGAAGCGGCUUGCUGCUCUUCAGGACCGUGCGCAUACGCAGAACCCACGACAUGACAAACGGUCAAGGCGUUUAGUGCUUGGAAUGCACGAAGUGCGACGAGGUCUUCUCCGUGGCAAGAUAAUUUUGCUUGUCAUGGCAACUGAUCCGGAUGGAUGUCAAGCUGUUGAAGAAAAACAUGCAGAGCUAGUGACGAUUGCAACGGAGCAAGAAGUUUCCGUCCUCGCGCCAAUGAACAGGCGAUAG